AUUGCCUUUAAUGCCAUUUUAUAUUAGCCUGAGUGCUGCGGAAUGUUGCCAGAUCUGCUCUUCAUAAACUCUGCUCGUGAACAACGGAACCAAUGAUUUGCGCACGUAGCUUCAAGACCUUUAUAAGUGAUGCGCUGUUGCCUUCUCAUGCUUUUCCUGCCCACACAGGUCGAAUACUUGCAAUACAAAUGCUACGUUACGGCAAACACGUAACCAAAAUUAGUUUCAAAUGGUUUGUAUAUUCAGUGGCAUUAAGAAAUGUAACGUGCUAGUUGUCGACUGUUUUAAUUGGGAUAUUAGCUUUGUGUUAGCCGCUAGCUUCCAUAGAUCACCUGUCACAGACCUUCGACACCAGCAUACUAAAACCAGCAGAUGUGAUGGAAAAGCCUGUAGAGGAAACAGCACUUGCAAAGGGGACAGAAGCUCCAGUCAAGGGUGAAGCGUCCCUCAAACCAGAAUUUAUCACCAGCAAAGACAAAUUCCACGAGUUUCUCGAUUCUGAGUGGCAUGGCUUGAAGGGAGUUGAGAACAAGACAUCUGAGGUGCCUGAGGAGGAGCCCGUAAGAAAAAAGACAAAAUUGGAUACAGAGGAGAUCGACAAAACCGCCAAACCAGACGGCAAACGCCUGAGGGGUCAGAACAAGUCGAGGCCACAUAAGAAGCCAACAUCAUAUGACGAAAAGAGGCUUUGUGCCUCUGUUAUUCAGGGCAACCAGGAAUGUCCCUACGGGGACAAGUGCCACUUCUAUCACGACGUCGCCACCUACCUAGCCAGCAAGCCGUCUGACAUCGGCCAACGCUGCCACGUCUACGACACCUUCGGGAAGUGCGCGUACGGCCUUGCCUGCCGCUUCGCCAAGGCGCACACCACGGCCGACCUGAAGAGUGCCGAGAACGCGGAUGUGGUGAAAAGCUGCGAGGGCCGCACGCCGGUGAGGAACAGCCUUAGUAAAGAGCUGCAGAAUCAACUGAGGAAGCAUUCCGUCGUGUUCAAGAAGUCGGCGGAGUACCUCAAGACGCUUUCCAACAACAAGGAUAAAAAAGAACAGCAGGACAAUGGGGCCGCUGACAUACCAGCUGUUCCAACAACCGAAGCAACGCAUGAAUCUACAGGUGCAGAAACUCAGGUUAGCUCAGAAAAGACAUCCACUGUGAGGACUAUUGGUCCCGUCACUGACAUGGAUGUCAUCAAGUUGCGAGCAUGUGAAAAAAAACAGGUGGACUUCCAAGACAAGCUUUACCUCGCACCGCUAACAACUUGUGGCAACCUGCCUUUCCGCCGCGUGUGCAAGCGCCUGGGAGCGGACAUCACCUGCGGCGAGAUGGCCAUGUGUACCAACCUGCUCCAGGGCCAGCAGUCCGAGUGGGCCCUGCUCAAGAGGCAUGAGAGUGAAGAUCUCUUUGGAGUCCAGGUGGAGGGCUGCUUCCCCGACACCAUGACGAGAUGCGCCGAGCUCAUCAACAACAACACAGAGGUGGACUUUGUGGACAUAAACUCAGGGUGCCCCAUUGACCUUGUCUAUAAGAAGGGUGGAGGCUGUGGCCUAAUGACACGCACUCGCAAGUUUGAGCAAAUCGUCCGGGGAAUGAACUAUGUGCUGGACGUCCCUUUAACAGUGAAGAUCCGCACCGGGGUUCAGGAGAAGAACAACAUUGCGCAUAAACUCAUCCCGGAGAUGAAGAAUUGGGGCAUUUCUAUGAUCACGCUGCAUGGCCGCUCUAGAGAGCAGCGCUACACCAAGCUUGCCGACUGGGAAUACAUCACCACCUGCUCCAAGCUGGCCAGCCCUAUCCCACUCUUUGGUAAUGGCGAUAUUCUGUCCUAUGAGGAUGCCAUGAAAGCCAAAGAGACGGGGGUUUCCGGGAUCAUGAUUGCAAGGGGCGCAUUAGUGAAGCCGUGGCUCUUCACGGAAAUCAAGGAGAGGCGCCACUGGGACAUCUCGUCCGGGGAACGUCUGGACAUCCUCCGGGAGUUCAGCAACUUCGGCUUGGAGCACUGGGGCUCGGACACGCGGGGUGUGGAGAAGACGCGCACCUUCCUGCUGGAGUGGCUCUCCUUCAUGUGCAGGUAUAUUCCAGUCGGGCUGCUGGAGCGAGUGCCUGUGAAGAUCAACGAGAGGCCUCCGUACUACAUGGGGAGGAACUAUCUGGAGUCCCUGAUGGCGAGUCAAAACGUCGGAGACUGGAUUAGGAUCAGUGAAAUGCUGCUUGGACCUGUGCCCCCAAAUUUCAACUUCUUGCCCAAACACAAAGCCAACUCGUACAAGUGAUUCUCCCCACCCACCCCCCCUGUCAUUUUGAGAACAAUAUCUAGGAUUUUAUUUUAUUUCAAAAUCAACUGUGUGGUAUAUUAACUCACAAGAAAAAUAUGCUAAUUUUUGUUUUGGUACACUUGUACUGUGCAAUAAAGCCACACUUAAUAUACCACUG